GCCCCCGCCCUCCUCAGGUCUUGGAUUUGGACAGAUGAGUGACCCUGAUUCAUGGUGGUUUGGUGGUCGUCGGUCGCUUGAUUCCUGCUGCAUUUUCUGAAGGUUUUCUCCUCAACCGUAGGCGUCCAUCCGCGAGUCCACCAUGUCCAUCUCAGGUGCCACGCCCUCUCCGAGUCCACCCCCAGAAGAGGAUGGAUCACCCGAAAGGAGCACGCCCCUGGUGGACGAGGUCAUGGAGGACGAUGACGACGAGUUGAUUCUCCACGACCAAUCGACCUCGACCGCCUCGAAACUGCCUCCGAUGGUAGGCAUCCCCAAUUUGAACGGGGUGGUGCCCGUGGAUCGAUUCUCGCCCGUGAGCAACGCCUCGCUGGGACCCACGAGCCCCGGACCCAUUCACGAUUUGUCGUCCUUUUCCGAAGAGAGCGUCCUGCCCGUUGAUGACGAUCGGGAUGAGGAGGACGUGGAGGAAGAGCUUGUGAUUGAAGAGAGGAUGCAUUUGAAAGAUUUGGAGGACGGUGAGAUCGAGGUUCGAGCCGAGCGGAGACGACGGCCUCGAUCGGCUCAAGAAACCUCACCGCGACCCAGAAAACCGCCCAAGAAGAAGCGAAGGAAGAAGGACGAGGAGGACGAGUUGUCCCGACGUCGAUAUCAUGAUUUGCCGCGGUAUGAUGUGCGGAAUUUGAUUAAUAAGCGCCGAAGUGGACGUGAACGGACCCCCACACCGCCGCGCAAAAGUCGGCACCGCUCUUACGGCCGGUCAAUAACACGAUCCCGGACGAAAUCACGCUCCAAGAGCCGCGACCGGUCCCGAUCCCGCUCUCGCUCGCGAUCCAGAUCAGUCUCACCUCGGCGAAAGAAGCGCGUUAAGCCCACCCGAUUAAAGACCAAGCGAGCCAAAGAGCGAACGGUCACGGCCGCUCCCAAAGAAACGGUACGGAGUCCAAAGAAGACCGCCACUAAGAGUACCACCAAGACGGCGAAAAAGAAAAAGCAGCGGGAUAAAUCGCCCGAACCCGUGAAAAAAAAGCAUCGCCGCGUUCGCCAUUCGUCGGGGGAGGAGCCCAUUGUCAGUUUAUCGAAAGCAGAUCGACCGAAGAAGAGAAAAAAAGCUCCCAAGCGCGCCCCGACUGUCGUGUCCGGGACCCCAUCCACCACGGUGGCUAAGGAGGUCUUUGCUUCGGGCGAUAACAUAUUGGUUAGUGUCAAUUUUGGGCCCAACUCGGUCACCACCAAUGGCGACUCGUCAACGAAGGGGCGAUCCACGGACGUGACGGGCAGUGCUUCCAAUGAAUUGAGUAAUCAGAAGCCGACGGCUGUCAUUGAUAUCAUGAGCUCGCCUUACUUAGUGAUUGAAUCCUCGCCCAAGGAAACCAUUGACCUAGCCAGUGGGGACGAGGAUGAGCCCACCACCCCUGAACCCGUUCAGUCACAACAGCCAAUCGCUUCGAAUAUUGUGACCACCACGUCAGCCUUAUCCGAGGGUCCAAGCACGUCUCAAGCCGCUGUUACCUCGAGCUCAUCUGCCGAUAUCGGACCCUUUCCGACAGUGUCCUCGGCCGGGGCCUCUUCUUCCGCUUCGGCCACGGUAGUGAACAAUGGUCUGCCCAAAGGGCCGUGUACGCCUCCAUCACACGAGGAAGAAGCUAUAGAUUUCGCUCUGGGCCCACAAACGCCUCAAUCGGACAUGAGCGAGUCGUACGACCCGUGUAAUCCGACUGAAUCCCCUGACGUGGAUUUUGGCUCAGAUAAUGGUGAUAGUCCGAUAAAUUUGUCGGCGUUUGACCUGGACAACUCGUCGUCGAGUGGCAAACGCCUGAACAAUAGUGGUAUCAGUAGUGCAUUAGAUAUACCGUUCUUAACGGACCGCGUGACCUCCGAUAAACCGGCUCAAAAUGGCACUACGAGCCUUUCGAGCGAGGUUCCCAUGGACAUAGCUGUGGACUCGCCCAAUUCCCCCCAAGGAAGUGAUCUCUCGGACCUUUUUGAACCUCCGUCUUUGUUUUCAAGUGCUAAGAAGAAGACGCCAACGAAAUCUGCCAAGAGCAGCAACACACUUUUGUCAAAACCUGCUCGAAGCAAAGGGAAAAAAGCCAAUAAGUCUGUUCAAAUGCGGUUGGUAGACGACAAACUUCGUAUUAUUGAUGAUGUGCCCACUUCGGCCGUUGAAAUGGCUGUGAAAGAAAAGUUUCUGAAAAAAGUUCAACGCCAGGAGCGGAUUGUCGACGAGAUCAAAAGCGUCCUAAAACCAUUCUACAACAAGAAGAAAAUCUCCAAGGCUAGCUACAAAGAAAUCAUGAGAAAGUGUGUUCCCAAGGUAUGCCAUAGCAAAAAUGGAGCCAUCAACACGAUGAAGAUCCAGAAAUUGGUCAAUGGCUACGUCAAGAAAUACCACCAUGUCGAGAAACAUCAUCCCCAGAUUUAAACUGCUAUUUGUCAUUCCCGUUGGCAUACGCGAGUGGCUCCUUCUCCUCCCGCUCAUCGCUUUAUACGCCUACACCUUCCUAUUAGUGGCCACUCGCCGUGUCCAAAAUCCAUGAGUUAUGAACUCGCAACGCAUGGAUUGAUGUACCAUGAUUCCCCAGUUACUACUAAUCUUGUUAAACCUGUGAAAUAAAUAGUAUAUCACAUCCA